CACACGUUUUGGGCUAUAUGUUCGUGUACAAUGGCUUCUUUUGACGCCCAAUUUAGAUAAGGCAUACGUGUUUCAUGAAAAUUGUUGGGCUACAUGCGUUGAAGUAACGAAGGUCUAACGUUAGAUCGGAAUCGGAACUUUUUUGGGGUAAUAGAUACUGAUAAUGAAGUUGACGAUACCAUCAACUACCACCAUGCAUCUAGUUGCCUUCCUUUGCCUAUUCUCAAUCUGGCUUCUGUCACCGAGUGUGAAUGCAUCUUGGGGUGAUCAGCAUCCGGUCUUCCAGAAUUAUCGGCGUCACUGUCUGAACAUGAAUUGCAGCACAGAUGCCAAACUGACUAGAUUCAAUACUAGACAGCCGCUAUCCAUGAGGUUAUUAGGUUGGGACUGCUCGUCUGAGUGUACCUAUGAAAGCAUGUGGCAUCUCACACACAAGGCUUUGGAAGAGGUUGAAAGAGUUCCACAGUUUUAUGGAAAGUGGCCAUUUGUGCGCUUUAUGGGCAUGCAGGAACCGGCAUCCUGUAUCUUCUCCAUUCUAAAUGGAGCCGUUGCAGUCUACAUGCUGAGUCGAUUCAGGAGACAAGUUCCAUCCAAUGCUCCCAUGUAUGAAGCGUGGCACGGCUACUUUGCUGUUCAGAUCAACACGUGGGUAUGGUCCACUGUUUUCCAUUUCAGAGAUGUAACAUGGACAGAGAAAAUGGACUACAUAUCUGCAUUUUCACUGAUUGUUUCUGGAAUGUUGAUGUUCAUUCUAAGAGUGUUUAGUAUGAAGGGAAAUACAAUCAACAUGAAGGUGGCUGUUCCUACUGUAACUCCAAUUGCCAUGUUCUUUUUGUCUCAUGCAUUCUACCUGGGCUUCACCAAGUUUAGUUACAGCUACAACCUCAAAGUCAAUCUAACAUUUGCAAUAGUCAGUUCAGUUGCGUGGUUACUCUGGUCCAUCAUUGUUCGUUCAAGACAGCCAUACGUAUGGAAAGUAGCCCUCUCUAUUCUGUCAGGAAACUUAUUAACUCUUCUUGAAGUCUUCGACUUUCCACCAGUAUGGUGGGUCUUUGAUGCACAUUCUAUAUGGCAUGGAGGCACUGCACCGCUUGCAUUUGUUUUCUAUAGUUUUGUGAUUGACGACUGCCUUUAUUUGUACGAGGAGUAUAAGAAAACACCAGACUAUAGGAGGAAAGGAGUUUGAUCAUCUUAGAUAAGAAAACUGAAAUCACAAAUUGCUGCAGCUUUAUUUUUUUCCUGUGAUUUACAGUUUCUCUGUGAAACCAAAAGUGCCAAAAUAUUUAGAACCAACAUACAUAGUUGUGAACUCUUGAAAUCUCAGGCAUUUUGAAAUGUACAGGAGAUGUUUGUAAAUGUACAAGUGUUUAAGUAUUAUUGUAUAAUGUAGUCGUGAACCAAACUUUCUUAUUAUGUGCGCCCUAGCCGUGUGCAGUGUUGCUUUGUGAGUACAUCGUAGUUGUGUUUUUAUUAGUACUAAAAGAUUGUGACAAUUGUUUUUACAUUUUGUUCCCUGCAACAUAUGAGUUAAGUUUGGUUGCUUAAUUUCCCAUUUGAUAUUCUGAUGAUGUCUCUAGAUUAGAAAUUUCAGUCUUAUUUAUAUCAUAUUGAAUUUUAGGUCUUUGUAAAUUAAAUUCACCAAAGAUGAUACAUAUAUCGUAAAAGUCAACAAUUAUGCAGUGAUUUACUCAUUUUAUACAGAGAUUUAGACACAAUUCUUUAAUUUUUAUUUUUUGUUCUAUAUAAAAUCACUUAAACAAUGCAGUCAUGUGGAAAAUGUACUCCUUUAGUUUUGUACUUUGAUUUGUAUAAUGCACUGUAAAUAACAGAUAUUUUACGUCAAGAAAUUUAACAGGUGUACAUGUACUUUCAAUCACUUUUCCGAAGGUCCCUUACAAUCUAACUAAUUUUAAAAUCACAUUUAUAUAUGUAUAUAUUUAUUGUUAAUACUCAUUUUGAAAACUAUAAAAUUGAUAAGGGUUUUUUGUUGUUGAGAUGCUCUGAGAGUGAAAUAAAACACUGUACAAAGGAACUGAUAUUCAUUUCUUUUUUCAUAUUUUAUUAUUAUUAGCAACAAAUGCUUGAAAAAAGCAACCUUUUAAUCCACUCAUAAAGCACUGGUUACCACAUACAUGUAUAUAAAUAUCAAAUUAUCUUCAACCAAUUUGGUUAGUAUGUGUUCACGUAUUCGUUUUGGUAACUGAAUUUAAAAACAUCAAAAGAAGCAAGAGUCCAAUUUUGAUAUGUGUUCAUUGGAAAGAUAAUCGGUCUAAUGUACAUUUAGGAUGACAACCUUAUUUGGAAAAAAAAACUAGCAACAAGGAUGGAUUUAGUUUUAUGUACAUGUACAAACUUGCAAGGAUUCACAGUUAAUUGAAUAGUGCAUCCUCCCCUUCAAUGAUAAAAUUUUAAACAUCUGAUCCGAAGCAAUUACAUGUACUCCAAUACAAUAUUUACAUAUUUGCCCAUUUUAAGAGAAAAAAAAACUGCUAUGUACACAUGUAUACAACAUGAAUACAAGAAUAGGAUUUAACUGUUAUUCUGGAGGAUGUAUGCCAAGUCCCUCUUUUAACAUUAAAAUA